GCUUGCGCCUUCUCUGUUAGUCCACUACUAGCGGUGGCCUUACAACCAUGCUCACCAUUUCCGCCAAGUAAUCCUGGACCACCGCCGGAUCCACUUUCACCGGCACCUUCUCUCUCGAAUUUUGCUCCCGGUGACCCACUUGAGACACCACUAAGUUUCCUUCUCCAUCUCCCCCCCUAAAUUCGGUGCGAACACCACUAGCAAGACCACGAAACCCACCACCAGAUUCACCGGCAAAGUUACCUUGACCUCCACCCUUAAACCCGUCUCCAAAUUCUCCCAAUUUCACGAGCUCUUGAUGCAUACAACGGCUACCUUCCCUAACCCCAGUCCGUCCUUCAUGAACCUCAUGUACUUGGUUCGCCGGAGUUCGCACCCUUUUACCACCACCAUCUUGGCUGUGCUCUUCCUCGAGGUUGACAAACGAUGGGUUUAGACUCGCUUGUAUCCUGGCCGCCUUGGCUUUGACUUGCUUGAAUUUCCUCAGCCCUCUUUCUUUCCGCCGCCAUAGCUUUGACGACUGCGGACUUCACCACCACCCUAAGGGACUCCUCUUCACGCUUCUUCCUCAACGCCUCAAAGUAAUCAGCUAUUGCACAUUGAGCAGCCUCUGCCACGCGAUCGAAGGCUGCUGUUAUGGCUGCCUGAACAACCCUUUUUUUUACAAAAAAAAAAAAAAUAAAAAAAUAAUUGAGUGGCAGUUUCCGGCAGCGGAAGGCCCAAGACACCGCUCUGAUACCAAUUUGUUAUGGACUGAUAAUCUGACUUGUAUUUCUGAUUUAAUUAGACUAAUACAUAAAGAUCAAAGCUUGAAACUUUGAUUAAUAAUGGCAGAAAUUUGGGUGCGAAGUGAUAGAUUAAUAGCUUAAGGCUAUUACUCUCUUGAUAACUUUAGGUUAUCACUCUCCUAGUUACUACUCUCAACAUUUUUCCUCACAAUUCACAUGGUAUCAUAGUGCAUAUACUCUCCCCUAUUUAUACUAAGGCCAAGGAGUUAGCAGAAAUUUGGGUACAAAGUGAUAGAUUAAUAUUUUAAGGCUAUUACUCUCUUGAUAACUUUAGGUUAUCACUCUCCUAGUAACUUGAGGUUACUACUCUCAACAUUUUUCCUCACAGUUCACAUGAUAUCCUAGUGCAUAUACUCUCCCCUAUUUAUACUAAGGCGAAGGACUCAAGGACUACUAACUUAAAAGUAUUAGACUACCCAAAAUGCCCUUGUUGAAUAUAGGUUCCAUUAAAUCUUCUUCAUUAUUUUCCGCCCUUUUUAAAAAUUGUGCCAUGAGCAAGUAAGUUGAGAUAGAGCGAGUGUUAGUUUCCUGCUUGUUUCCGUUAAACUUAGAACCGGCUUUUAAGUUCUAUUAGCAAUACCUUUCCUUUUGAAUUCACUCGUUCCUAUGCUUUGUGAUCCAGUACGUUGACCAUCCUUGGAGCCGGAGUAUAUUUUUGUAUUUUAUGAAUGCUCUUCUUUCCUAAAAACUCUUUAGAUUCCAUAUUUGGUGUGCAGCUUUAAAACUCUUCUAAUUUUUUUAUUUUUUUUAAAACUUGGAUUUAGGUUUGUUAAAUUAGAAAGAUGAUGGCUUUAUUGUCACGCAAAAAAUAUAACUUACCUGCUUACCCAAUGAAAUUAAUUAUUAAGCAUCAUUUUGUCUCUAUUUUGGUUAGUGAGUCAAGGAUCUAGCAAUGUGGCAUACACAUCUUGGCGUUUACAUGAUUUUAACUCGCACUAAGUGGUGGGUGAUUCCGCUGGUAUGGCUACCAGUCGCGUGCUGGCUUGUUUACGUAUCUAUGCAGAGGGGCCUUACCCCUAAUCAAGCAGCAGCAGCAUUAGUCUCUGGUAUCGUCCUUUGGUCACUGAUGGAGUAUAGUUUGCACAGAUUUCUGUUUCACAUAAAAACACAAAGUUACUGGGCAAACACCAUGCAUUAUCUUCUUCAUGGUUGCCAUCACAAACACCCCAUGGAUGCUCUGCGGCUUGUGUUUCCUCCAGCAGCAACAGCAAUUCUCUGCGUACCAUUUUGGAGCAUAAUCAGACUUUUUUCUACUCCAUCUAUUGCACCUGCUUUAUUUGGUGGUGUUUUGCUGGGAUAUGUAAUGUAUGAUACUACUCAUUAUUAUCUGCACCAUGGACAGCCCAGUGCAGGAGUUCCUAAAAAGCUUAAGAAAUACCACUUAAAUCAUCACUUCCGUUCUCAAACAAUGGGGUUUGGAAUCACAUCCUCCUUAUGGGAUCAUGUGUUUGGGACAUAUCCCCAACCCAAAGUUGUGCGUUGAUGAUCGUGUUCUAGUUCUUGUGGUGAUGUAUAGAGAUUUUUUGUAAAGACUGAGGAAUUACCGAGAUUAAUUUCCAUCCAGAGGCCUGGCUUGUAGAGUUUCUUACUUCCCAUUUACAUGCUCUUAAUCUUUGCAACACUUCCUGAUUUCAUGAUUUGGAUGCCUGUUAUCUGUAAAGUAGUAACCAUUAAAAGUUUAAAUUACUAUGGUUGGUAUGACUAAAUUCUCAUUUAUUAA